UUUACCAACCCAACCAACCAUGCUACUUCAUUAACCAUAAACUGAACUCAUCGUUUCACAACUCAUAUAUGCAAAUUUCCAAUUAUACUACUCAUAGUAGUCAGUACUCACGAAGGAUAACAGAAUAACUACUACACUCUACACUCAGACCAACAGAAAACAAACUAAUAUUAGCGGGAACACCAACGUCCUGCAAAUUCAGUUCAAUGCUUUCUCUUUCUUCAACAUUCAUUCUACCAUUCCAUAAUUCUCUUCCCCAAAAUCUUCUCCUUUCAUCUAUUGGUUUCUCUCUGCAAUCAAAAUCUUCAAAACAUGCCAACUUCUGCAAAACGCAUAACUUGAUUCUUCAAAGAAAUCACCCAAAUUUUCGUUUAAAUUACAAAUCAUCGCAAAAUUCAGCUGAUUUAUUAGAAGUUAGCGAUGCCCAAAUCUCACAAGAGAACCCAAUUGUUGGAAUUUCGGUAUCGCGGGGUCAAGGGGUUAGACUUGAUCCAUUCUGGGUAGCUUCUUUGCUUCAAUCAUGCUCUAGAUUAAAAGAUGUAAAAUUGAUACAUGCUUUGAUUUUGAAGUGUUUGAAUGAUUCUGUUGUGUUUGUUAAUAACAAUUUGAUUAGUGUAUACUUGAGUUUUGGAAAGUUAGAAGAGGCUCGCAAGGUGUUCGAUGAAAUGCCUGAGAGAAGAAAUGUUAUUUCUUGGACCACAAUUCUUAAUGGGUAUUUGAAUUUUGGUUUAGAGGAUGAGGGUCUUAGUCUUUUUGGUGAAUUUGUGAAGUCGGGGAUUCAAGCGAAUGGGACAACUUUUGUGUGUGUGUUGAUUUUGUGUGGAAAGAGGUUGAAUUAUAAGUUAGGGAAACAGGUUCAUGCUUGUAUUAUAAAAGGUAGAUGGAGCAAUUUAAUAGUAGAUAGUGCUGUUAUGUACUUCUAUGCACAAUGUGGUGACUUUUCGAGUGCUUUUCGUGUCUUUGAAGGGAUGAAAGAGCGGGAUGUGGUUACUUGGACCACUAUGAUCACGUCUUGUUCUCAACAAGGCUAUGGUGAGAAGGCCUUCUCACUUUUCUCAGAAAUGCUUAUGCACGAAUAUAUACCCAAUGAACACACUAUAUGUAGCGUUUUGAAGGCGUGUGGAGAAGAGAAGGCACUGAAAUUCGGGAGACAGUUGCAUGGCAUAGCAGUUAAGAAACUUAUAAACAAUGAUGUUUAUAUUGGCACUUCACUCCUGGAUAUGUAUGCAAGAUGUGGAGAAAUUGAGGAUUCUAGAAAAGUGUUUGAUGGGAUGAAAAGGCGAAAUAUGGUUACAUGGACUUCUAUCAUUGCUGGGUAUGCUAGGAAUGGGCUUGGGUAUGAGGCGUUGAAACUUUUCCAUGUGAUGAAACGAAGAAAAGUAGCAGCAAAUAAUUUGACAUUUGUAAGUAUACUCCGAGCCUGUGGUUCUAUUGGUGCUCUGGUAACUGGGAAGGAAAUUCAUGCACAAUUACUGAAGAAUUCAUCACAGAACAACAUUUACAUAGGGAGCACUCUUGUGUGGCUUUAUUGCAAAUGUGGUGAAUAUGGUCUUGCUUCACAGGUUCUCCAACAUAUGCCCCUUCGAGAUGUUGUCUCAUGGACCGCCAUGAUCUCUGGUUGUACUCAACUAGGAUAUGAGUUUGAGGCUUUCGAAUUUUUGAAAGAAAUGCUCAGUGAAGGAGUGAAACCAAACCCGUUUACAUACUCCUCUGUUCUGAAGGCUUGCGCAAGCCUAGAAGCAGUUAAGCAUGGAAAACUAAUACACUCGUCUUUGAAUAAAUCCCCUACGAUCUCAGACAAUAUAUUCGUGGGGAGCUCCCUGAUUAAUAUGUAUGCUAAAUGUGGAUGUAUUUCAGAUGCAUUACAAGUCUUCAACAGUAUGAAAGAAAAAAACUUGGUUUCUUGGAGAUCUAUGAUAGUGGGAUAUGCAAUGAAUGGGUACUGCCGCGAAGCUCUGCAGCUCAUGUACCAGAUGCAAGAGGAAGGUCUUCAAGUGGAUGAUUACACUGUCACAACUGUUCUUAGUGCGUGUGGAGGUGUGGAAUGGAAUACAGAAUCUCUUACUGAUGAACUGCAACUGAGUUGAUCCUGAUUCUAUUGACUAACUGUACAUAUGUUUGUGGAUGAAUUAGUUGUAUCAUGUAAAUCCAUAAACAAAGCAAUUACAAAAAGUUGAAUCCAAAGGUAUGUGUAACUUUAAUUAUAUCUAAACUAGUCUCAAUUAACUAUAUACGUCUUAAAAAACGAAAAAGUUCUUGUUCCUUCUUGAUCAUACAUGAUUACUAGAUGCUAUUAAUUACUACAUGAGGAGAUAAGGUUUUAGUUUUGUAGUAAAAUUGGAGAAACAAAACAGAAAAACCAGGAAAAUUUGAAGCAUGGAAAACAAGGGACUCACAAUCUUGGAUUCCUGGCAUUCACCACCAGUGCCUGAGUUUUACUUGAACUGUUCUUUUGGGAUUUAAAUUUAAGCACUUGACAAAGAAUUGUUAUUAAAUUAGAAUUAAAAACCAAGAACAAAUUUCCGUUUUUUAUUUUAUUUUAUUUUAUUUUAAUUAUUAAACUUGCAAAAUUCCUAACUAGUUUUGUACAAUAUUUGGUUCAAAAACCUUAAACCUUCUUAAAUCCGGCUUAUACACUUUGAAUAAUCUAUAUUAGUUAAUUUUGUCCUUGUAUAUACUGUGUGAAUCCUUGAUCCGCCUGAGUUUGAUCCGCACUUGAGGUUGGCACAGCCCCAAGGCCGCUGGAUAGUGUAGUUCUUGGUAGAAGGUAGCGUUGAUUGGGAUGUCCUUAUUAAGUUGAAAGACAGCGGUUCCAAUGGGCUCUUUAAGUAUAAACCACGACAUAGAAUAGAUUUCUACGGUGAACUUACUACACUCUGGGUCAGAUAGUUCGUCGUUGCCGAUAAAAAAGAUUAAUACGUAGUUCCCAUUUGCAUUCUUGUCAAGACGUUCAAUGCAACUCCAAAUCCAACCCCGUUCAAUCCAGCCUGCUAUCAAGGUUGCUUUCCCAUGGCUCAGCUUCCCGGCCCGGGGUUCUGCGCUCAACUCUAACAUCCACCACGUCCCUUCUCUCUCA